AUGUCGUCGAAAGGCUCCAUCCUCGUCACGGGCGCCAACGGUGGCCUCGGGUCGGCCAUCGUCGCUCACAUCUUGAAGACGCCCGACCUCGCUUCCAACUACACGGGCCUCUACAGCGUUCGCAAGGAGGCCACGGCCGCUCGCCUCCGGUCGGCCCUCCAGCACGCUCCUCCGGCGUACAAGCACGAGACGUUCGAGAUGGACCUCGGCUCCGUCGCCAGCGUCAAGAGUGCCGCCGCCGACGUCAACGCCAAGGUCGCGAGCGGACAGCUGCCGCCCAUCAGGGCUCUCAUCCUCAACGCCGGCUUCCAAGAGCACGACACGCUGACCAUGACGGGCGACGGUUUCGACAUGACCUGGCAGGUCAACUUCCUUUCCAACCUGAUCCUGUCUCUCUCCCUCAUGCAAAGCAUGGACCGCGAGCACGGCAGAAUCCUCAUCCUCGGUAGCUGGAUGCAUGACUACGAGGACGAGCGAAACGCGAUGGGAGGCGGAACGGUAUUCAAGGACCCCAAGUGGCACGAUCUGCUCCCCGAUGUCGAUGCCGUUGCCAGGGGGAGAUGGAGCACCCGCAAAGAUGACCCGUCGGGACAGCCCGGCUUUCGCCGAUACGGUUCGAGCAAGCUCUGUGCCGUCAUGCUCAUGCACGAAUUGAGCGACCGCGUCUAUAAAGACGCCAAUCUCUCGGCCAUAUCGGUUCUGGGGCUGGAUCCUGGCGGCAUGCCCUCCGACAUUUCCCGCCGCGGGCCUUUCAUGGUCAGAGCGGUGACGAUGAAGAUCCUGGUGCCGUUGGCGGCACCCGUCAUGGCAAAGUUCAGCCCGAACGGAGUGCUCCGACCUACGUGGAAGAGCGCGGCGGAUGUGAUUCGCGCAUGCUUCGAGAUCGAGCCGCCAAAGGGCAAGGCCCUGUACCUGAACGGGACCGACGAGCUGGAGACGGCCAAGGAUGCUCGGGAUGCCAAGAAGCGGCAAGUUCUGUGGAAGUACGGACUGGAGGCUGCCGGCAUUAAGGCCGGCGAUACCGUCUUGACGAACUGGCAAUGA